AUGUGUUAUACAGCCUAUCUCAUGAUCAUUUUUGUAAUGAAAACUUUUCUGGUAAAUGCGAGUUGUGUACAUAGGUUGGAAGAAAAUAAUGUGAGUUUUUGUUCGUGCGAUCCAGCGAUUGAGGACAGGAGCUGGUCCACGUUCUCGUUUCUAGAGGCCCUCAUGUUGUGUUCAAUGAGAUGUUCACAAACAGCCAGCUGUGUGGCUUACAAUUUCUUCAGUGCCACCAAUCAGUGCCAACUCUUCAAUCAAACAUUGAACAAGUUCUCUGUAAUGCCCGGCUGUCAAUAUUACUAUAGAAAAGAUUUAUCAGCAACUGAUAAAAAUCUGACAAUUGAUGUGGACAAUCAAUUGGAAGAAAUUUACAUAAACGGCAUUAACGUCAUGUCAGCAUUGAACUUUCCACAUGCAAGUGAAUGGAACAUACCAGACGUGUACCAUCUGAGAGGCGACUUGUUCGUCAUUGCCGUCAAAGUAUACAACGAUCUUUAUAGCGGAGGUGUAGUUAUCCAUACAGCAGACAACUACAUCCUGACCAACAAUACUUGGAAAUGUACCAACAACUAUGCUGAUGGCUGGUACAAAAUCAUUUAUAAUGAUUCGUUCUGGCCAGCUGCUAACGAGUUUUUAAAUCCAGAUUAUAAGGGUUACAUUGGAAAUGCUAAAUGGAUAUAUGGACCAAAUAAAUGCGAGUACUGCAAAUUUUUCUGCAGAAAGAGUUUCUUGAGUAAUUUUUAA